ACGUAACUUCCGUUCCUCAUCUACCGGUUGGAGCAAUUUACUCUUGCCAGCUGGAUACGUCAAAUUUAUAAACAAGAUGCAGUUCGACAUUCGGAGGUUCGACAUCUAUCGAAAGGUUCCUAAGGACUUGACCCAGCCGACCUUAACAGGAGCCUGUAUUUCCAUCUCUAGUGUUCUAUUUAUAAUUUUUCUAUUUCUAUCAGAGCUUUCGCUGUUUAUAUCUGUUGAAACAGGAAGUGAAUUAACUGUUGAAGACCCGGUAAAACACUCGGAGAAGAUUCCAGUGUUUCUCAACAUCACUCUACCAAACCUUAAAUGUGAAUAUCUUGGAUUGGAUAUUCAGGAUGACAUGGGGAGACACGAGGUUGGUUUCCAAGAUAAUACCCAAAAGUUUGAGCUGGUGACGGAAAGUUCUGAAGGAUGUCGAAUGGAAUCUCACUUUCUUGUGAAUAAGAUUCCAGGAAACUUCCAUGUGUCCACACAUUCAUCCAAAGUUCAACCACAAAACCCAGAUAUGACACACAUCAUCCAUAAGGUUCGGUUUGGAAUGGAUGUCCAAGAAGACAAGGUUGUGAAGGGUUCUUUCAAUCCUCUAGAAAACGUCGACAGGCUAAAAGCUAAUGCUUUACAUACCCAUGACUACAUUGUGAAGAUAGUUCCUACUGUGUAUGAAGACAUCAAGGGAAACGUACAUUUCCCAUAUCAGUAUACAUACUCACACAGAGAUAUGUUACAAUAUGGACAUGGGGGUAGAAUCAUGCCAGCCAUUUGGUUCAGAUACGACCUUAGUCCCAUCACAGUACGCUACAUGGAGAAAAGAAAGCCUUUCUACACAUUCUUACAACUAUUUGUGCUAUCAUUGGAGGGACAUUUACCGUAGCUGGGAUCAUUGAUUCCUGUAUCUUUACAGCUUCAGAAAUCAUUAGAAAAUUUGAGAUUGGGAAGCAGAGCUGAUUCUAGAGAUUUUUUAGGAAAAUGUCACAAUCAAUUCUUAGGAGAUAAAUUACAACACAGUUCAAAAUGACAUUCCAGUUUUUUUCAACAUUUUUAUUUUCAUUUUUAGAGGGAUAAUUUAUAUUGUUUAUUUUAUGUUUUUGAUAUUUAUUAUAGAGAACUAUAAAGAUGUGUUAUGUAAUUACAGUAAAAACCUGUCUAAACAGACCAUCACUCACUGGGGACGUUAUUGACAGGUUUGCAGAUUACACAGGUUCAGUUUACAUGGUCAGGUAUACAUAUGUAUAAUCAUAUUCCUUAGAUAUCUGAUUUAUACAAGCUAGUCAAUCUAGAAAAUAAACAAUACGAGCACCAUUAUAUUAGUUUUAAUAUUUAUGGAUUUGGUUUUGAUACAUGGAAAGUGUAGAUGCAGGAAAACUGUUUAAAUCUGGUCUGUACAGGUGUAUAUAUCAUACAGGGUUUCAAGGAAGUCGCAAUACAGUGUAAAUUCAUGGUGCUUGAUAUCUCAAGGAUCACGUCAGAUAAGUAUUCUGAUUUCAUCAUUUGGACAUUCUGUCCAAGUUUUCAUUUGACAUUUGAAUGUAUUAUUGAUGUAUUUUUAAUAAGAUAGAGGAAGAAUGUUCAAGUUUUCAAUUUUACAUAAUAUUUCAUUCCUGUCGAUCAUUCCCUUUUUAGAAAUUAUUUUAUGUAUUGAUGUAUUUUUGUACAACAUUCCAGACAUCGAUAUUCUUCUACUUGACAAUUUCUAGCUGAAAUCUAUAAUUUUAUGUAUACCACCUGUUGUGAUUUUGUAUGUAUCUUAUUAAAUAUGUGUUGUGGUGUUCUGAUUUUACAUGCAUUCUAUUCUGGCUCAUACCGCAGUAUACUGUUGGAUUACCUCCCCUUAGCGUUUUUUCUUUUUGUUCAUUUUGACUAUUUUUGGUUCUGCCUCUUUCUAUCACGUCUGGUUUUAACCACUUCAUAUCAUAAACACAAACAUGGUGUCUCAGAAAAGAAUAAUAUUUUAUUUUAUGUAUUAAAGUCAAUUUUCCUUGCAAUUUAUGAAAUAAGAUUUUCUCAGAAUGUAGAAACAUUUCUUGCUUUUUCAUCAGUGAAAUUUGAAUUUUUUUAUGGUAAAAUGAUGAUAUUUCUCUAAAAGCUAAUUUUAAUAUGAAAUCUGAAUGAAAUGGCCUUAGUGCAAUGUCAUAUAUAUUGGUGUACCAUGUCAUGUGUUUUGUUAAUCGUCAAUUUAAAAACCUCUUGAUGUUGUCUUCCAAUAGGGAAAAAAUGGCCAACAUCUUGGUUUGUGUCAAAACGUGCAAAAGUGAUGGAAUCAAAUUGGCAUCAUAGAACAGUUUCUUGUAUCACUUGCCCUAAAGCAAUAUUGUUUGUGCAUAAUUUUAUUCAUUUUUUGUAUUAAUUAAAAACUCACUUACAUUCAACUUGUACAAAUUAAGAACUCAUAGUGAAUUUCGAACAUAAUGAAUUAUUACAGUUGAUCUGAAAUAUCACAAGAUGACAUUUUAAUGAAACUUUUGUCCAUUAUUUAGCCAAUUUGUCAUUUAUAGAUCUAAUUUGAGUAAGUGGAUGCUAGAAUUUCUGAAAGUCCAAGUAGGCACAUUAUACAAUUUAAUUUCUUGAUACAUGUACAUUGUAAAAAAUGUUGAAAAUUAUGUUUGGAUAAAAUAGAUAUUUUUAGCUUUUUCUGCUUUUCUGUAUAUAAGAUCGCUUAAUUAUAUAUAAUUAAGAUUUAGUGUUUUGUGUAGAAACAGCUUUAUCAUACUGCCCUGCUUUAGUUAUUUGUAUUUUCCUGAUUACUGCUGUAGGUUUCAUAACGUCCUUGUUACCUCUCUCUGACAUCAAUGUGUCGCCAAUUUACACCUUCAGUCAUACGCAUGAUCAUCAUUAAACAUUUCAAUAUAGAAACCUAAAAAAAAAAACAUGAUACCAAAAUCUACUUUGAGAAGACCACCAAUGUUUCAAAAGUAUUAUUGAAUGCAUAUCCAUUCCGUACAGCUGGGUUGCGAGUUCGAAACCUAGGUGGGGCAGUUGCCAGGUACUGACCGUAGGCCGGUGGUUUUUCUCCGGGUACUCCGGCUUUCCUCCACCUCCAAAACCUGGCACGUCCUUAAAUGACCCUGGCUGUUAAUAGGACGUUAAACAAAAAACAAAACAAACCAAAACCGUACAGCUGAUCUAUUUGAAGAUAUUUAAAGAGGAAGGGAGAUAACUCUGGUAUAUUGUAAUUACCCAUAGAUUUUAAACAAGCCCUACAUCCUUAAUGAACCCAUUGCUGAUCAAUAUUUGAAAAUAAAUAUAUAUCUAUGUAUUUUUUACAUACUGCUGUAUUUUUUUGAUAAAAAAACCCACAUUGAACUAUGAAAAUGAAACGCAUAAAGACAAUUUUGUUUUCACAUUGUGAAAGUUAAUUUAUAUUAAAUAUGUUAUAUCUAUACUGUCCACAUUCCAUUCUGAUACACUCAAAAUAAAACAUUUACUGAUUUUAAAAGUGCCUUUGAAUACAAUGGAAUGGCCUAUAUGUAAUUAAACAACUCUUCAUUAUUUUUCAGAAAUAUUAAUUCUGCAACUUGAAGUCUUAAAUGUAUAUUUCGGAUACUUCUUUUAUUUUUAUCAUAGAUGUUUGUUUCUUGCUGUAAUUUUUAUCAUAGAUGUUUGUCUCUUGCUGUAAAGAAAGAAAAUUAUUGAGGUUUAAUGACCAGUAAAUUUUGAAUUAAAGAAUAAUGAUUCUGAUCAUGCUCCUUGGAUAGCAUACACUGAUCAUUGAAAAAUAACUAUCUGAAUUUAUGUUACACAUGUUUAACAAACGAGAAAUGUAGCUGUUAAUUUCCUACAAUCUUUCAUACAAACAAGUCAGUAUAUCGUACCGAAAAAUUGCAUUAUUUCUUGUACAGAAUAAACCCUGGCUUGAUUGAAAUCUUAACUAUCUUUAGCCAACAGACAUAUACAAAUGUACGUGUAAACAGAAAUGUCUGCCAUGAAUUUAUGGAAACUCAUCUAUAUCUACAGUCAAACUUUGUUAACUCAAACUCGGAUAAAUCAAAUACAUGUACCUUGUUUAGCUCAAGUAUUACUCCGGGGCCGCUCAGGGGCCGCGGUGGCCGAGUGGUUAAGGUGUCCCAACACUUUAACACUAGCCCUCCACCUCUGGGUCGCGAGUUCGAAACCUACGUGGGGCAGUUGCCAGGUACUGACCGUAGGCCGGUGGUUUUUCUCCGGGUACUCCGGCUUUCCUCCACCUUCAAAACCUGGCACGUCCUUAAAUGACCCUGGCUGUUAAUAGGACGUUAAGCAAAAACAAACCAAACAUUACUCCGGUCCCGGCCAAAAAACUUCCUUGUUUAGUAAAACUUGGAUAACUUGGUAUUUAAAACUUGUAAACAUUUGUAUAUUGAUGAGUGUAGAGUCUGAACAAUAUAAUCUGUAUUAUUGAUACUCACAGGUGUUGGAUUACAUAGUAUGAUGUCAUUAGAAUAUAUAUUGCAUAGCAGCAUUGGUCAUAGGCUGUCAAUUGCUGACAGUUUUCUUUCAAUAAAAAAUGUUCGAAAGGUAA